UCCUCGUCCGACAUGACCCAGAUCAAAGCAGCUCCGCUUCGCGCCGCAAAGUCGGCCAAGGCCAUAGCAAAGAAGAGAGAUAUUCUCAAGGUCAAAUCCGCCAUCCGCUACCAUGAACGCGCGCGAGAGCAGAGGCGUACUCUCAGACACGCCCAGUAUAUGGCCCGACAAUUGAAGCAAAACAUUUCGCAUGCAGAACAUGCUGAAAGGAGGAGAACAAAGGAGGCAAUGGCAAUGGUGCGAGAAGAUUGGAAGCUGGGCCCAUUGAGGCCUCAUCGUAGCCCCGUCGAUGAUCUAUAUGGCAGUUUGGAUGGCGCAGCAAUUUCACCCAUUCAUUUCCCGAAAGAGGUAGUCAAGCGCGAGGAUGAGCGGCGAGAGAGAACAGGCCUAGAGCCUAAAUACCCCUUCAUCGUAGAUGGUAAGAGAUACUUUCCCAUUGUGGAAGGCGACCGCGUUGUUGUUACCGAGGGCAGGGAGAAGGGCAAGAUUGGCACCGUUAAGGAGGUUGCGGCUCGAUAUCACCAGGUCAUCAUCAAAGACGUCAACAUGCAUCUUACCGAUUCUGCUCUUUACUCCCUCUACCCUGAAAAACCGACGGUAGAUUUACCUGUACCCAUCUCCAUGGAUCACGUUCGCCUAGUUAUUCCUUACCGCAUCACGACCGCUGCUGGUCGACACAUUUACCAGGAUGUCAUGGUAGAUAAUGUUGCUAUGGAGCGACACACCACCGGCAUCGAUCCCUUCACUGGCAUUGAUCAUGGCGCCGAGGAGUUUCCCGUAGAACAUCGUUUCGAUCCCGAGACCGAACUUCCCGUUUUCAAGCGGUACAUCGCCGGCACGCGAAGCGUUAUUCCUUGGCCUUGGGAGAAGGACGAGCAGAAGCUAAAAGCAAAGGAACCCAGCACCGAAAGUACUCCGGAGGAGAAACCCGGCAUCCUCACCCGAAUUCGCCGUCUACCCAACAGCUUACGCGAGCGCAUCACCGCAAGGCGCAACGCAGCCGCCAAAGCAGAAGAGGAGCGUCAGGCCCGCGAAAAUGAAGAAUUAUCUCUCAUAGACAGCGAAAUGGCCACUGUUCAGCAAGGCGUUGCUCCAUCCUCCGCACGCUCCAAACCCGUCGGCAAUCCCGUUACCCACGAGGGCGAUACGGCCCGCAACAGAUCCGACGUCACCGACGAAACUCUACGCAGCUUUUUCCCAACCCUCAAAUACCCGCCGCACCCGCACGAACUCAGCACCGAGCUUGCCGCGAGUAUCAAGGAGAAGCACAAGGAGGCUCUCGAGGCUGCCAUGAAGAGAAACAGCGAUGUCCGCGAGGACGGUGCUGGCGCGCGCGAACGCAAGCUGACAGCCAAGGAAAUCCGCAAGAACGAGAAGAAGAUCAAGGCCAUGGAAGCUAUGAAGACACCGCUACAGCUCAGAUGGGAGGUCACCCGCGCCCAACAGGCUGCGCAGACGCCCAAGGUAGACACUGAACAACUGCUCAUCGCACUCGGCAAGCAUAUGGAGAGCAAUGGUGUCCAAUUUAACCGUCAAAGGAAAGCGGUGGCGAACAGUGUGCAGCAGCAGAUGGAUGUUGAUUAGAGAACCGUGCAGGAAGCUUCUUUUUUCCUAUGUGUUGGUGGUAGUGUAAGAUUUACUGGUACUUUGUAGCAUUGUAGUUUUGUACAAUUCUCCUACCUUGCUGUUGUUGUAGGAAUAUAUGGUUUGCUCUGGAAGGUAGUAAAAUAGAUGGAGGAGCGUGCGAGGGGGCGAAGGGAAGCCAUUGUAAUUGUAUACUAACAACGCAUCCUACUAUUGUCCAUACUGUUUUGUUGUAGACGAAUUAGCUGCGAUGCAAAAAGCACUGUGGCUCAUCUCAUGGAACUUAUAUUCGUCUUUCUCCACAGGCAUCUGUCAUAUCUUUGUAUUUCGUUGUUGAUCGAGGCCACCGUCUUUUUGGGUACACAAGUCAAGUACUCAUAAAUCUCCAGACUCGUACUCCUCCAGCAUGCUAUGCCGCCAGCUCGAUACAAGAGAAACCCCCCAUCUCAUCGCCCCCCAGAAAACAAGCC